AGACUCCAUCGUAAACAUAGACCUACCAGUCACCUAUCACUACUCUUAUCUCACUCAUCUACCAUAAAUAAACAUCAUGGCUGUGGCUCAAGACUCCCAGCUAGUCAAUCAAGGCUACGGCGCUUGCAAAUCAUGCGGUUGCAACGUAUUCGGCAACUCCAACGGUGGCACUGAUAAAAAUGUGGCGUGUGUUUGUACGCACAAAUAUGGCAAUCAUCUUUAGUGGACAUGUCCAAUCAACCACAUCUCAUUUUGUCCUUUUACAUAUUCCGAAACUAUGUGUACAUUGUAACAGAGAGGAUAUCGGACUUUCAUUAAUUAAGCAUAUCUUUGAGACGAGUUUGUUUUGUGGAGGCUUGUUGGUCCAAAAAUUAAUACACGUUAUUCUUACUU